AUGAUUAUGGCGCAACCCCAAUCACAAACGCCGCAGCCGGCAUUCUCGCCGCCUCCUCAGCACAGUCCCUCCCCUGCGGCGUCCCAGUCGGCCUUUGCACCACCACCUAAUAAGCAGCCGCAAAUUCGCACCAACGGGAAUACCCCGUCGCAGCAGCCAGACUCGCCUUAUGCAAACUCUCCCUACGCCAUGAGCCCGGUGACGGGCGCGACGCCCCCAAGCGGCGGCGGCGGCACUGGCUCACCCCAGAGCGCGCCUAGUCCCGCCCUCCCGUCGGGCCAGCCAUCGCCAUACGCAAAUGGCGUGUCAACACCGACCCUGAACCUCCCCGACACGCGACCGAGCUCUACGCCGCCGGUCCAGACGCCGGUCCAGACGCCGGUCCAGACACCGGUCCAGACGCCAGUCCAGACACCGGUCCAGGCGCCUCAACCGUUGCCAUUGCCGCCGCCGCCGCAGCAGCAGCAGCAGCAGCAGCAGCAGCAGCAACCCCCUGCGAUGCCUCAGUACACGAAUGCGGCAAUGAUUCCCAUGAACACGCCGCCACCCGUGCCAGCACCGGCGCCUCCUGUGCAGGCCACCGGGACCAUGGGACCACCCCAGAGACCGGCCGAGCGACCGACGAAGGACUACGAAUACGAUGUCACUGAUUCGCUGGCCGGCACGGGCAUCGACCUGAGGGCCGAAGAGCAGUUCAUGUCAGACAUGUACUCGACCUACUUCGACCCCGAGGCUCGGUCGGGCUUUCCCCAGCACCCUCCCGGCGGCAAGUCUAGCUUCUACGGAGCUGGGCCCGCCAACCAGCCGGCUCAGACAAUCUCCGAUAAGGACCAGGAGAGGCAGGCUGCGCAGGCCGCGGAGAAGGCAUGGACAGAGUCUUCGAUGCGUCUAGGCGCCCAGAGGACGCAAGAGAUCAACGAUCCGUUCCUGCUCGUGGCUCUACUGCACCACCGCGCGGGUAAGAUCGCUGGGGAGCACCAUCUGAGCCUCAACCUGGAUCUGAAGAAUAGCAACCAAUCCAUGGGGAAGAUGAAGCUGCCCAACCAAUUUACAGAGCCAUCUGUGACGGUCAACAUGAAGCCCGUGGGGGAGGGCCAGACCAUGAUCCAAACGGCGGGGUCCUUCAUCCCGCACGACGCGUACCUGGUGGAUCAGCUCGCUCUGCUAUCCAUCGCUACUAAGACGAGGCUGCGUGACCUCAUGGAGGAUGCCAACUCGGUGGCAAGACACAGACAGAAAACAUCGCACGGAGAAGUGCCCGAGGAUUGGACCUCCGCCGCCGCACCUGUAAACAUGCAGGUCCCCGAAAUGAUGGAGGUGGACGGACUGGCGUCGGAUGGCACUCCGGCUCCGGUAGCCAACCUAUCGAAACGUCCCAUCGAAGAUGGCAGCGAGGUGCGACCCAAGAAGUUGGCCAAGAUCUCGUCGUACAUGAUGACGACGAUGCGGGACCUGGCCAAGCAGGAACGCGAAUGGGAAGAGGCGCGUCUGCGUAAGCGUCGGAAGCGCAAGGAAGGCAUCCCGGACUCAUCUGCGGCGCCUUCGAGAGCGGGCAGCGUGGCGCCUAGCACGCCGGCGUCGUCGUCGGUGGCUCCCGACCCGGAGAAGGCUCCGGGCAAGAAGGAGAGCAAGAAGGCGGCGGCGGCCAAGACGGCCGAGGCCAACAACCACGCCAACCAGAACAUGACGAGCAGCAUGUUUGCCGGACUGGGAGGCAAGGGAAGCCUGUUUGGCAAGAAGAAGACGGGCAAGACGUACGACUGGAUGAAUGUCGGGCGCGGCGGUAGCGGCGCCAACACUCCGUCGAAGGGGUCGUCUGGCGGCGGGACGGGCAAGGGCGGUCCAGGCUCGGGCGGCGGGGCUCCCGGGCCCGCGGUCAACAUGGCGAUGACGACCGAGGGGCGUAACCGUUUGGGGACGUGGCGAGAGGAUAAGGAGAAGGGCAGGAUGAUUCAGCUGAGGGACUGGGUGUCUGUGCUCGAGAGGGACGGCCGUGAGUCCCUAGCCCUGCAACGGGCAUAUAUCCACCUGGAUGCGUCGAACCCCAAGUAG